UGCACAGCCUCAUUUGAACUCUGUAGGGCGAGGGAGAGAAAGACACACACUGUGUAUAUACAGAGAGAUAGAGUGAGCAGGCAGAGGGGACCAGCAGCAACACAGAAGCAGGAAGACAGUGAGAGAUUGCAGAGGGGCAAGGGGCUGAAGAGUGUCAGGCGAGGCGGCAUGAAUCAAAGACAGAAGCUAGUGGGGGUAAAAUUGUGACAUAAAGGAGACAGCAAAUAGAAACAGCAGCAAAAAAGGGAAAGCAAGAAAUCAUCUGAAAGAAAAACGAGAAAGGAGAGAAAGUGAGGAUCCUGCUGCAGAUAAAAGUUCUGAAAGCCACACACAGGCCAAUUACAUUUGACUGCUAUUCUUGCAAAACAUGGCUCAAGUCAGUGACCUUUCUCCACCUGACCUCUCUCCACACCCCACAAUGAACAGUUCGGCAUCCUGUCCUACACAAGAGGAUCCACCUCCCCACCAGGCCCCUCCCACAUUAGAGCCGUAUGCCCCUCCCCAGCAGAAGCACUUAACUGAUGUCUCGUCUUCAUCACUUCUCUCAGGGUCUGGUUUACUUCUUGCUCAUUCCCUCCUAGGUCGGCGAAGCUCUCCUGGUUCUCCCACAUCCACCUCAUCCAAUUCUCCUACUAACUGUGCCCUUCGACGUCGACGUGAGUUCACCCCCGAAGAAAAGAAAGAUGAUGGCUAUUGGGAUAAGAGACGUAAGAACAAUGAAGCAGCUAAGCGUUCAAGAGAAAAGCGAAGGGCUGGAGAUCUUGCCCUGGAGGGCCGUGUAAUUGCUCUACUUGAAGAAAAUGCCCGUCUUCGUGCUGAGCUCCUAGCUCUUCGCUUCCGUUUUGGCCUUGUUCGGGACCCCUGUGAAGAUGGCCGUGGGGGAUACCCUCCCCCAUGCAAUAUUCAUGAACCUCCCCAUAAUCCUCCAAUUCCACACUCAGAAGACUCUGGAUUCUCAACUCCAAGUGUGGGGAGCCCUGUUUUCUUUGAAGAUAGAGGCCCAGAACAAGAAGCUCCUCAGCUGCCACCUUCCAACUUAGCCUAUUACGGAAAUGUUGCUGGGGAUAGCACAGAAAUUCCACGAAGUAGGUUGGAGACCCUUGGGGAUAGCUACAAGUGUCUCCCACAUAAGUUACGGUUCAAGGCAUGUGCACCAGGAGAUGAUGGGACACAAGGAACAGUUGGGAGAGACACAAAUGCUUUUCCCUCAGAGGUAACAUCAGGAUUCUCCCAGCAGCCUUUGAAUUGUCCUCGUGGACAGUGGGGGUCUCAGGGGCAGGAGAGGGUGCCUGCACCCUCAGAUAGGACAGAUCUGCGCUCUCAGCUUGCCUCACUUUCAGCAGAGGUUGCACAUUUGAAGAGAAUUUUUUCAGAGCAAGUAAUAAACCGUGGGGGCACAGACUGAGGCCCUAGACUGUCUUAUGUUGAUGCAAGACUGACUAGAGUUUAGUUUUUAAAUCACUACAGAUGUUUUUUGUUGUUUUACGAAACUGACCUUAAAUAGCAGUUGCAUCCACUAACUGGUAGGUUCACAAUCCUUUUUUAUAUAGUUGGUGCUAUAAGAACUUAUUUCAUUUCUUGUGCCAAAAGUUAAAUCACUUCUGGUCAGUCCCACAAAAAUGCCAUUGUGCAAUGAUAUCAUUUUGUGCAGUACAAGGAGGCAACAGUGUGAUGACAUUACCUCAUUUCAUGCCUUAAAUCUUUAACUUCAGUGGAUCCUAAACCUGUCAGGAAUCACAAACAGGCCAGGUUUGACAGUUUAAUAUCAUGUUGCUGUUACAUUUUCAUACCUCUCAUGACCUGUCUUACCUGGUUAUAAUUAGGCGGUUUAUGUAUAUAGAACUUUUGUAUUGACUCUGUGGAUUGUAGGUUUAUAGCUGUUUGUACAACUGAGUGUAUGUAUGUAUGUGUAUGUGUGUGUGUGUGUGUUUGUAUAUACUGUUAGAUCUGUUUCUGUACUUGAUCAUUGUAAAUAAAGAAAUUGUUGAAGUGGCAACACA